CUGAUGAUGAGGUGCCUCUCUCCGUGUCAAGGUCAACCAGUAGACUGCACAGACUCAAGCAGAACAGAUACCCCAAAGCAAGAACAAGCCUCAUCAAGGAUAGCCCCUGCUCAGACCCUCCUAAUAAUGUUAUAGUGAUUUCAGAGUCAAGCUGCUCCAGUGCUGACACAGCGUUCAGGAGCAGGGAAGUGAUGGGGUCUGUGGACCUGGCUCAAGUCACUGGCCAAUGCCAUGGAGCAGGAGUUUGACUUACAUCUGGCAAGAAUGAAAUACCAUGUACCCUCACAAUUUUCACCAGGAAACGGGACACUAAUAAGGCGAAUAGUCCCCAACACUCACAGAGACGGAUUUUGAAUUGGUGGUCCAGCUCAACACUUAAACGCAACCAGACUGAGAGGGAGGGGUCAAUUACUUCUGGCUGGAGAGAUACGUUGUCAGGGUCUGUCUGCAAGGGGUCUCUUAAAGAGGUCAAAGUGUCUAACCCACUGUUCUCAGUCAGAAGAGUCUUCACUAUGCUGCUGAAGAAAUACAAAGAGAAUUUACUGGAGUCGGAAAGUCCAGAGACAGAGAUAGGCACUACAUCUCCUCCUAGCUCUGUAGGAGAGAAGAGGAAACAUCAGAAUGAGAGGGAGGACCCUGAAACCGUACGCAAGCGCCAAAGGUCUAGCCCGCGGUUAGAGGAGACCAGCUUUACUGGGUAUAGUUCCUCUUUAGAACACCAAGUCAGGGGGUCUCUUAUCCCCUCUUCCAGGGGUCAGCCUAGAAGAAGCAGGCUGAGCCGAACACAAAGACUCAGGCAGCAACAGCACGAGAGUCAAGGUCUGGGGAUAGGUCAUGAACUGACCCCUAACCCACCAAACCAACCAGAAUCUCCUCAGAAGGUAUAUCCUGCCCAACCACAGAGAUGCCAAAGGAGAGUUCACAACAUUGAGGAUUUGCUGUGGACAGAGAAGUACCGCCCUCAGCACUCCAGUGACGUAAUAGGCAACCCUACCUCUGUAAAGAAGCUACACAGUUGGUUAAAGAAAUGGAAACUGAGAGCUGACUCUGAAGAGAAGAGAAAAGAGCGGGAAAGGAAGCUAGAAGAAAACGCCAACAGCAAUGACUCGUGGGACUGUGGUGACUUCCAGGGAGAGGCUGGAGUGGAGGAGAACUGGGAGGAAGAUCUGUGUAGCACCAUGCUGAUCACAGGACCUCCAGGAGUGGGCAAGACAGCCUCAGUAUACGCCUGCGCUCAGGAGCUGGGCUUCAAGGUGUUCGAAGUGAACGCUUCCUCCCAGCGCAGUGGUCGCCACGUCCUGACUCAACUGAAAGAGGCCACCCAAUCUCACCUGGUGGAGAUCCAGGGAAGCACCACCCUCGAACCAUCUCAUCUCAGUAGCUACAACAGCAACAACACCUCAACUAAAUCUGACACAGUAGCUGGUAAAGUGGCCUCUCCCAGAAAGAUUUUCUCACCCUCUAGGAAGGGGCCUCAGCCCCCUUGUAGCUCUCACCAUAAGAUGGGUGGCAGUGCAGCCUCCAUGAUGCUGGCAAACUUCUUCAAGAAGAAGAGUAAACCAGAGAUCAUAGACAGCCCUUCAUUAUCUACAAAACAGGAUGAACACCGACCCAACAUUUUUGUCUCUCUCAAGACCGUGACCGUGAAGAAGGCAGAUAUUAUUAACCCUAGGUUAGUCAGUCAACUGUCACCAGACAUUGAAGAACCACCAACAGGUAGACAGAGUAAAAGGAUGUCCACAUCACUCAUUCUAUUUGAAGAGGUUGAUGUCAUAUUCGAUGAUGAUGUGGGAUUCCUCACAGCAAUCAAGACCUUCAUGACGACAACCAAGAGACCUGUGAUACUGACCACUAGUGAUCCCUCCUUCAGUGCAAAAUUUGACGGCGACUUUAAAGCGAUCCUUUUUAAAACACCUUCAGUGGUGAAGGUUUGCAGUUACCUGCAGCUGCUGUGUCUGGCUGAGAACGUAAGGACGGAUCCUGGGGACUCACCUCUCUGGUGAGCGUGAACCAGGGAGACAUCAGACGUAGCCUACUGCAGCUGCAGCUCUGGGUCUGCAGUGGAGGAGGACAAGUAUCUCAGAGGGCAACCCCACUGAAGGACCCUGCAGGUGGUGUGUAUGGAAGUGACUCUGGGUGUUGCUGAAGUGGAAGACAGUGCAGUGGGUGAAAAUACUUCUCCCCACCAUCCUCCCUGUGACGUGGGCUGCACUCAGAGCAUGCUGGGGCUCCUGAACUCUGACCACAGCCAUGACCUGCAGACCACUCUA